CCACGCCUGUUGACAGCAAUUAAGACAGGCGUUGCUGUGAUAUUCUGGCGGAGCAUCUAGACCUACCUUGUUUGUUUCCUGGAUCUUCUUCAUUUAUCUCACUGAGCCACAGAUUUCUACCAGUUACGCUUUGGAUUAAUCCAUAUUUGUGGAGAUAAUUUCUUCUUUGUGGAAUUAAGCUGUCCGUUCAAUGGAAUUUUAUUUCAUUAAAAUAUUCAGAAGUUUUACCCCGGAAUAAAAAUUUCGUCGUCCGCUUUCAUUAACUGCGCCAACUCCGCACAAAAGUGCAGAUUAAUCGGCUAAAUCGUCUCUUUGAAGACAGGACCUGCCCUCGCCGCUUGUUUCAUCUCUCGCCCUCGUCCGUUUAGGGAGCGAUCCAGUGACACGUCUCUGGGGUCACCCCGCUGGGAGGGGAUCAAGCCACGCUCUGUUCCACAAGGGAUUCGUCUUACAGGAUCCUCAAACCCUUGAAACCUUAAUGAAAUGACGUCACACAAUCCAGUCGGGAUAUUUCUGUAACAUGGGAGUCUGGGGAGCGCUGGGGGCGGCAGGAAACUAAGCGACGCCCCUGGAAUUGAGGGUGUCAUAUCGACUGAGCGACGCCCCUGGAGGUGGUGUCAUAUCGACUGAGCGACGCCCCUGGAGGUGAGGGUGUCAUAUCGAGUGAGCGACGCCCCUGCAGACGAGGGCGUCUGACAACUAUGCACAAGUACCAUGCUCUGGUUGAGCACCUUUCUCUAUCACCUGAUCUUGUGUGAGUACAUCUUCAGAUCGGUCAAGGCCAGUGGGAGGAUCAGGAGAACUAUAGUGGGACGGUUCCCCCUGUGCCCCAGAGGCUGCACUGCGUGCUCCCCAGUCAACGGCUGCGUGGCGUGCGAGGACAGCCUGUAUCUCUUUCUGCACCGACAGAAUGCACGUGAGAUCGGCAUCUGCACGCUGUCCUGUCCUGUCGGCUACUACAGGCAGCGUGAGCAGUAUUUUAACAAGUGUGUCAAAUGCCACAUACGCAACUGCUACAACUGCUUCAGCCGCCAGUUUUGUGUUAUGUGCGAGUCGCCCUACCUGCUGUACGGUGGGCAGUGUGUCGAGAGCUGCCCCAAUGGACUCUACUACGCCAACUUUACCAACGAGUGCAAGGACAGGGUUGACUGUAUCCCCGGGGGAUGGUCUCCCUGGACCGAGUGCACGAGGAACGGCCAAACCUGCGGCUUCCGGUACGGCACACAGACCCGGACCCGGCCGGUUCUACAGCCGGCAUCGGCCAACGGCGAGCCGUGUCCGGCCUUGACCGACUCGCAACGCUGUCAGCUGGCACAGAGACACUGUGAUGGAGAGUGUCAACGCCCCAAGAGGAACAGGAAGAAGAAGAAGAGGAAGGACAGACGCCGGAGGAAAAAAUGGCGGCGCCCGGGGGGGAGACGAUUCCCCGCACGGAGAGGUAGAAAGUGGGGCGGGAGGCGGAGGGACAACCGGAAAUAUCCCACCCGCAAGAAGAAAGUGCGCCUGCGCAGACCAUGUCGGGGAUGCAAGAUGAGGUGUCGAAGGGGGCGCAUCCAAAAUUUCUGA